AAUUGUACUAAAAUGUGUUAUGUUAAUGAAGGUGUACAAUAGCUUACUAAAAAGGAAGAAUUUGCAAUAGAGACUGGAAUCAAGAGUGACGAUUUGAUUAUGCACUCAACUCAAGGGAAAUCCAAGGAGAAUAAGGAUGAUCAAUAUUCAUAAUGUUCGAAUAAAAGUGCUCUUCCUUAAAUAAUUUCCAUUGAAGACGAACUCUUGAUCCAAUCUACUUUGAAUUCAAGUGUUCCUAUGAAACUCAGAAAAAUAUUGAUGGAAGAUGAUGCCUACUAUGAGGGAGAGUGGAUGUAAGGUAAACGUUGGGGAUAGGGAGAAUAGAGAUGGCCAGAUGGGUAUGAUUUAUCUUAAUUUGAGUUUCUAGGUCAACUUACAUCGGGGAAUGGAAGAAUAACAAGGCGAACGGAUAUGGUGUUUUGACCCAUUCCGAUGGAGAUGUCUACAAAGGAGAAUGGCUCAAUGAUCAAGCUCAUGGAAAGGGUGUCUACAUAAACUACAACCAGGCUAAAUAUGAGGGUGACUGGGUCAAAGAUAGACAAGAAGGAUACGGUGUUGAGAGUUGGCCGGAUGGGUCAAUUUUUGAAGGUAGUUUAUGGAUACAUAUUCAGGAUAUUACAAACAAGGAAAGAAGGAAGGACUUGGGAAGUUGACUUAUCCAGAUGGCUCUAAGUAUGAGGGCAAUUUUCAGAUGAAUAAUCUUCAUGGAUAGGGAAAAUACAUUUGGCCUGAUGGACGAAUUUAUGAAGGCGAUUGGGUCAAUAAUUAGAUGAAUGGGAAAGGCAAGAUGAAAUGGGAAGAUGGUAUGGAAUACCAAUUAUCUAGGGAGAUAGUAUGAGGGCGAAUAUAGGGAAGGAUAGAAACAUGGGUUUGGAACCUUGAUAUGGGAGGAUGGUCAUAAAUAUGUGGGUUAAUGGGUGAUGGGAAAAUAGGACGGGGUCGGUGAAUAUUUCUUUACUAAUGGUACUUCUCGUAAGGGAGUGUGGAAAGAAGGCAAACGGAUCUAAUGGGAAUGA